CUUUUUUAACUGAAUCUGAAUUAUGUGAAAUGGUAAAUCUCACAUUAAUAAAUAAUUUUAUUGAUGAUGAAAUAGAAGUUGAAGAAGAAAGAGAGAAUAUAUCUUUUGAAGUUCCAAUUGAUAAUUUAGAUUCUAAUGUUGAAAAUAGUGGUAAUAUGGAUUUUAAUCCAGAGAACCUUGUUGAUACUCUUUUAGACCUUGAUAGA